CAUAAACGUCGUUGCUCUAGGCCCCUCUCUCCUACCCUCGCCUCGGGGGAAAACGGCCAACUGGCAAUUACUAGUGAACAUUCAGCAAAUAAAGUUGAAUCUUCUAUAAGCUUCCGGCCCCCUCGACCUGUACACCACAAGCAGAGGUCCGAACCAGUCGCCGCAGAUGAUUUCACACAAGAUACUUCUCAAGUUCCACGCCCAUCUAGGCGGCGCGGUAUUCGUUUCGGCACAGAUGUCCCUACUAGUGUCCAUGCACACCGUGAUAGAAAGGUCUUUCGAAACUUUUCUGUUUCUCACUCCAAAGAUUAUCCAGAGUCUCUUGGCCAUGAAGCGGUCAUUGAAUCAUCAACCUCUCAAUCUUCAAGUCGUGUUCCUGGAGAUGGCAUUUGUUAUGCUUUAUCUACUAGUUCAAUUCAUGAGAAAAGCAAAGAUUUUUAUGAGUCACACAAAGUAAAGCAUCGAGCUUCUCGGGGGUCCCAUAGACCAUAA